CAUGCCCCCGGUUGUAGUCUCUGAGCUGUGAGAUUGCCUCAGCAAGUGUGAAGUGUGUGCUCUAGUGUCCUGGGAGGCUAGGCUUCCCCGAGUGGGAGGGAAAAGUUGGAGCCACUUCUCUGAGGGUAUCACCGGGACCACUGUGCUGGAUCUUGAGUCAUUUGGGCGGCACCAUGGCGGAAAGAAAAGGAACAGCUAAAGUUGACUUCUUGAAGAAGAUUGAGAAAGAAGUCCAGCAGAAAUGGGAAGCUGAGAAAGUGUUUGAACUCAAUGCAUCUCAUUUGGAGAAGCAGAAACAGACCAGCAAGGACAAAUACUUUGUCACCUUCCCAUAUCCAUACAUGAAUGGACGCCUUCAUUUGGGACACACGUUUUCCUUAUCAAAGUGUGAGUUUGCAGUUGGAUACCAGAGAUUAAAAGGAAAAAGUUGUCUGUUUCCCUUUGGGUUACAUUGUACCGGUAUGCCUAUUAAGGCAUGUGCUGACAAGCUGAAAAGAGAAAUAGAGCUGUAUGGCUGCCCUCCUGAGUUUCCAGAGGAGGAAGAGGAAGAGGAAGAGAGCAGUGUUAAGCCUGGAGAUAUAAUAAUGAAGGAUAAAGCCAAAGGAAAAAAGAGUAAAGCUGCUGCCAAAACAGGAUCUUCCAAGUACCAGUGGGACAUUAUGAAAUCCCUUGGGCUUUCUGAUGAAGACAUAGUGAAGUUCUCUGAAGCAGAACAUUGGCUUGAUUAUUUCCCACCACUGGCUGUUCAGGAUCUGAAGAAAAUAGGUUUGAAGGUAUGCCAUCGCCGUAGUGACAAGUGGCCUGUGGCAGUGCGAGCAAAUGGACACCUGCUGCUCAACUCAGAGAAGAUGUCAAAAUCUACGGGCAAUUUCCUCACUUUGAGCCAAGCUGUUGACAAAUUUUCAGCUGAUGGAAUGCGCCUGGCUCUGGCUGAUGCUGGUGACACUGUUGAAGAUGCCAAUUUUGUGGAAGCCAUGGCAGACGCAGGUAUCCUUCGUUUGUACACAUGGGUAGAGUGGGUCAAAGAAAUGCUCGCCAACCGUGACAGCCUCAGAAGUGGACCUGCCAGCUCGUUCAAUGACCGUGUGUUUGCCAGUGAAAUGAAUGCAGGAAUUAUAAAAACAGAUCAAAACUAUGAAAAAAUGAUGUUUAAAGAAGCUUUGAAAACAGGUUUUUUUGAGUUUCAGGCUUCGAAAGAUAAAUACCGUGAACUGGCCACAGAAGGGAUGCACAGAGAGCUUGUGUUCCGGUUUAUUGAAGUUCAGACAAUCCUUCUCGCUCCAUUCUGUCCACAUUUGUGUGAGCACAUCUGGACACUGCUGGGAAAGCCUGAUUCAAUUAUGAAUGCCUCAUGGCCUGUGGCAGGUCCUGUGGAUGAAUCUUUGAUCCGUUCCUCACAGUAUCUCAUGGAAGUAGCACAUGACCUUAGAUUACGUCUCAAGAAUUAUAUGAUGCCUGCUAAAGGGAAGAAGACUGACAAGCAACCACCACAGAGGCCCUCACACUGCACCAUCUAUGUGGCAAAGAACUACCCUCUCUGGCAGCACGUCACCCUGUCGGUCCUGCGAAGCCACUUUGAGGCCAAUGGUGGAAAAUUGCCUGAUAACAAAGUCAUUGCUUGUGAACUAGGCAAUUUGCCAGAAUUGAAGAAAUAUAUGAAGAAAGUUAUGCCAUUUGUUGCCAUGAUUAAGGAAAAUAUGGAGAAGAAAGGGCCUCGAGUCUUGGAUUUACAGUUGGAAUUUGAUGAGCUGGCAGUACUUAUGGAGAAUAUAGUCUACCUAACAAAUUCUCUUGAGCUAGAACAUAUAGAAGUCAAGUUUGCCUCUGAAGCUGAAGAUAAAGUCAGGGAAGAAUGUUGUCCUGGGAAGCCGCUUAAUGUUUUCAGAACAGAACCUGGUGUGUCAAUUUUCCUAGUAAAUCCCCAGCCAUCCAAUGGCCACUUCUCAACCAAAAUCGAUGUCAGGCAAGGAGACAGCUGUGAGUCCAUAAUCAGACGCUUAAUGAAAAUGGACCGAGGAAUCAAAGAUCUUUCCAAAGUGAAACUGAUGAGGUUUGAUGAUCCUCUGCUGGGGCCUCGACGAGUUCCAGUCCUAGGAAGAGAGCACAGUGAGAAGACACUCAUUUCUGAAAACGCUGUUUUCCAUGUGGACCUAGUGAGCAAAGAAGUUCACCUCACUGAGAAUGGGCUACGCACGGAUAUUGGUGACACGAUGGUCUAUCUGGUUCACUGAGCUCAUGCAAAUUGGAGAUUUAAUAUGGUUGCUAAGGUACUUCUGCCCCAGGAAUCUCAAGCUAGGUCUACAUAGACUUCAUUUCUAACUGCUGGAUUCUGUAUGUAAUCAUAAUUAUACCAGUUCACCUUUGAUUUCUAAAAUAAACUUGCAUUUUUUUCACCUUUGGGCCUCCAAGA